UUUAUUCUCUUGUUUGUCUAGCCCUUUUCAAUGCUCUGCGUUGUGUUAUCUUCUUUUUUAUCAAAGUUUAUUGUCAUUUUGUUGUUUGUCUUCUUUAAUUUCUGUUCCUGAUAAUUCCUUCUGUUUCAUUGGGUUUUAAGGAGUUUCCAUAGGAUGCUUUUUUCUAUGCUUUUCUGUUCUGCAUAUUUGUAAUCUUUUAGAAGUUUCAGAUUAGCUUUCCCUUUUCUGAUAAGAAUCUUUUUGCCACAUGAAUUCUUGAUCUGAUCAAUAUUGCAUUUACCCUUUGCUUUUCAAAUUUAGCUUUUUUCUUGAAUGCUUUUUCUUGAUAUUUGGCAUUUUUCAGCUCAGGAGGUGAAAGGGUAUUAAUAAAGAUUUAAUCUUUUGAAAGAAGUGGACCUAAAGUAAGAUUCUUGGAGAGAAAAGUGUGAAAAUUUUGAAAUUUGUUGCUUUUUGGAGAAGAUGUUGUGUGCUUGUUCAGGAGAGCAAUUCAAAUUUGAUGAGCCACCACCAGAGUCUCCAGAGUCAUUGGCCACUAGGGAUUUCUCAGCCAGUGGUCUUUCUUCUAGAACUGGAACAGUAGAUUGGGAUUCAAAACUUGAAGAUGCUCAAGUUGAUGAAGUUGAAUCAACCUUAAAAGAGGCACUUUCCUUGAAUUAUGAGGAAGCAAGAGCAUUGCUGGGGAGGCUAGAAUACCAAAGAGGGAAUUUUGAUGCUGCCCUUCAUGUGUUUCAGGGAAUAGAUAUUAGAACCCUGUCCUCGAGAAUGUCUAAGGCCAUCGCAGAGAGAACGAGACCCUUAAAACCGCGCUUCAAAAAUGAUAUUGUGCCUGCUGGUGUGAUGUCACUGCAUUCAGUGAGUCUACUUCUUGAAGCAAUUUUACUGAAAGCUAAAUCUUUAGAGGAGCUCAGCCGAAUCAAAGAUGCUGCUAAGGAGUGCAAAAUGAUAUUGGAUGUUGUCGAUUCAGCAUUGCCGAAUGGAAUACAAGAGGGGAUAUCUGAAGACUGUAAGUUGCUGGAGAUGUUUCAUAAAGCGCUUGAGUUACUUCCAAAGUUAUGGAUACAAGCAGGGUAUUUGGAUGAAGCUGUGCUUGCAUAUCGAAGGGCUCUAGUCAAGCCAUGGAAUUUGGAUUCCCAAAGAUUGGCCUGUAUACAAAAAGACUUAGCUGCCACUUUACUCUUUGGAGGGGUUGAAGUUGAGGUUCCUGCUCAAUAUCAAGUGUGGGGUUCAACAGCCCCAAAAAAUAACUUGGAGGAAUCAAUUCUCUUGUUGUUUGUACUCAUGAGCAAAAUGCUAAAUGGUCAAAUAGAAUGGGACUCUGAAAUAAUGAAUCAUCUGACUUUCGCGCUGACAAUAUCCGGCCACUCUGAGUCUGUUGCAGAUCAUAUUGAGCAGGUUUUACCAGGAAUCUAUACCCGAGCGGAGAGAUGGUAUCUUCUUGCGCUUUGUUACAGUGCUGCAGGUCAGAAUGAUACAGCGUUGAAUCUUGUCAAGAAAAUUUCUGGAUGUUCAGAAGCCAACCAAGAACCUCAUAUUCCGUCUCUCUUGUUGGGAGCAAAGCUGUGUUCUCAGGAUCUGCAGCAAGCCCAUGAGGGGGUAAAUUUUGCUCGUGCAGCACUUAACUUGGCGAAAAAUCAGAACGAACAUUUCCUUGUCCAGGCUCAUAAACUUCUUGGGAUCUGCUACGGAAAUGCUGCAAGAGUUUCCAUUUCAGAUUUUGAAAGAAAUUUCUGCCAAAGAGAAGCAAUGGCUGCUUUAAACUCCGCUUUUGCAACUUGCAAGGAGGAUCCAGAAAUUUUGUUUAGUCUAGGAUUGGAAAAUGCCAUCCAAAGAAAUUUGACUCCAGCUUUUAAUAAUGGAAUGCAGUACUCAGAAAUGGUGGCUGGAAGCACGACAAGAGCUUGGAAAUUGUUGGCUUUAGUUGUUUCUGCAGAACAAAGAUUCAAAGAUGCGGAAGCCAUAGUUGAUCUUGCUUUCGAUGAGACUGGAAAGGUUGACCAGAUGGAAUAUCUCAGAUUAAAAGCUGUCCUGCAAAUAGCUCAACAACAGCCCAAGCAAGCCAUAGAGACGUACAGGAUUCUGCUGGCUUUGAUUCAAGCACAAAAGGAAUCCACAACAGACGAUGAGGUAACAUCUCAGAGAAGAUUGGAAGUUGAAGCAUGGCUUGAUUUAUCAAGGUUAUACACAGAUCUAGAGUCAUGGCGUGAUGCCGAAAUAUGUAUAAACAAAGCCAAAGCAAUUCAAUUUUACUGCCCUCGGAAUUGGCAUGCAACAGGUGCGCUAUUUCAAGCCAAAGGAAGAGAUAAGGAAGCACUUGUUGCAUUCUCAAUUUCUCUAUCAAUAGAACCAGAUUAUAUCCCCAGUAUUGUUUCUACAGCUCAAGUGCUUAUGAAGAUGGGAGACGACACAGUCCCUAUUGCGAGAAGCUUUUUAAUGAACGCUCUGCGAUUAGAACCCACAAAUCAUGAUGCAUGGUUUAACCUUGGAAUGCUAGCAAAGAUGGAAGGCUCACUACAGCAAGCAGCAGAUUUUUUCCAAGCUGCACAUGAGUUGAAGCUUUCUGCUCCAGUUCAAAGUUUUGUCUGAUAAAGAGUACUAAUUUAAGGCAGAAAACAAAAACUUGACUACAGCCUCCAUCCAGUAUCAGUAAAGCAAUCUAGACAAAUAGCGAAAGCAAAGAGUGAAGCAAUCCAAGAGAGCUCUAUAAUCUAGUUCUAUAGAGUUCUGAUAACGAAUGGAAUAGUAUCUAACGAUGUUAAUAUCGCCCACAAAUUAAUGGACAGGCCUUGGUACCUUGAUCUCCAAUUCUGCAUAGUAGUACUAUCACAUGCCUUAUUUUGCAUCAGUGUAUAUAUAACAACUGGUAGGUGUAAGGUCUGCGUACACACUACCCUCCCAAGGCCCCACACGUGGGAUUACACUGGGUUUUUUGUUGUUGUUGUUGUUGUAUAUAACAAUUGGAGAACAUUUUUGUGCUGGUUUUUGGACCUAUUACUCAACUAAAUUCACAUGA